AUGUUUCUACGAACGGCAGCAAAGCUGCUGCUGUCGGCCAGCUUGCUGCUAGGCUCGGCAGUAGCGCACAACAUUGCGCUCCCGGCGCAUGGGCGCGAAUGCUUCCACGAGAGUCUGCAUCGCGGCGACAAGAUGACGGUGACCUUCCAGGUCGGCGACCGGGAGUUUGGCAGUGCUGGCAACCUCGACAUUGACUUCUGGAUCACCAACCCGAUGGGUCAGUACGAAGCCAACGACAAGGCCGUGUCCAACGGCGACUUCACCUUCGACGCCAAGCACGACGGCAAGUACGUGUACUGCUUCGGCAACGAGCACUGGGGCGCGUCGUCCAAGGAGGUGUCGUUCAACGUGCACGGCGUCGUGUACGUGAACGAGGCGGACGCGCCGCAGGACCCGCUCGAGGUCGAGGUGCGCAAGUUGACGGAGCUGCUGGAGCUGGUCAAGGACGAGCAGAGCUACAUCGUCGUGCGCGAGCGCACCCACCGCAACACCGCCGAGAGCACCAACAGCCGCGUCAAGUGGUGGAACGUGUUUGUCAUUGCCGUCGUCAUCGGCGAGAGCGUGUUCCAGGUCUGGUGGCUGCGGAGGUUCUUUGAGGUAGGUUGA